CAUCCUCGAAGUACUUCAAUCUUCAAGUACUCAUCGACACCAUCAGACAUCGUGUUAUCAAGCACUCUUCUCAGACCCUGUUCACGCAAGCACACAGUACUCCCUCCACUUACACCUUACCACACCACCAACAUGCAGAUCAAGACUUGUGUUCUUGCCUUGGCCCUUGGGGUUAGCUGUCUGGCAGCUCCUUUGACUGUAGAGAGUAGAGGAUAUGGCAUCUUGUCAACUGGCGAAUCAUCAUCGGAUUCAUUGUCAGGUUCUCGAGCUAGAGGAUACGGUAUUUUGUCGACUGGGGAAGAAUCAUCACCGUCGUCAUCAUCAGAUUCGAAACGAGGCACAGAAGUAACACUCCAUUUCAUAGAAAUAUCAGAGAGCUCCUGACUGACCCCUUUACCAGGUAUCUACUGGGAGUUCCCAAGCGCUUGAGAAAAGAACGGGAUUCGGCUUGCUCAGUUCUGGCGACGAUGCUUAAACGGGAGACAAGACGGGCUAGACGGGCAUAUGGCAUACAUCACAAAGAAAAAUAUGGUUCUCCUAUAUUCAAUUUCAGGGACUUACUAAGGAUAGACUUCCUUGAAUGUGAUCCGGGGUGCUGGGUUUAGAUAUGGGGUCUCGCCGACCAUUCAAUCAUUAUGAGAUUUGGUGUCAACUGAUCGCUUUAGACAAUUCAAUUAAAAGUCGUUUCUAUCUUAUCUUGAAUCAUUGCGAUUCUGCUUUCUUUGGCAAAGCUAUUACUCUGGAAAUUCUGUACUCCUACAGAUGCAGCCCGAUAUUGCAGAUAUCACGAUAG